AUGCAAAACGAACUUCUGUUAGAAUGUAAUGUUGAUAGUAACAAAUUUUGGAAGUCCAUUGGUAAGAUUGGUGUUUGUUAUACUAAGUCUAAAAAGAUUCCAUUGGAAGUUGUUCUCGAAGAUGGUUCUAUUUCUACUAAUGUACAAGAUGUUUUAUGUAAGUGGGAAAAUGAUUUUAAAUUAUUGUAUAACAAUCCUGAUACUGAUGAUGCUGUCCAAUUUGACAACGAGCACAGCCAUAAUAAUGCAUAUGUUAAUGCUUUCAAUGAUAAUAUUUCUAUCCUUGAAGUUAAAAAGGCGGUAGAUGAAGCAAAACGUGGUAAAGCAGUUGGUAUAGAUGGUAUCCCAAGUGAAGUUUUGAAAAAUGAUACUGCUAUUUUAUUUCUACAUGCACUUUUUAAUACUUGUUUUAGUAAUGGCACUGUACCAACGGUUUGGGGUAAAAGUAUUGUAAACCCAAUUCCAAAAUCUUCAGCUUCUGAUCCUAGGGAUCCUAUGUCUUAUAGAGGAAUAGCACUUGCGUCAGCAAUGUAUAAGUUAUAUUGUUAUGUUUUAAAUGAAAGGUUGAAUAAGUGGGUAGAACGCAAUGGAAUUUUGGUGGAUGAACAGAAUGGAUUUAGGAAAAAGCGUAGUACAAUAGACCAAGCUGCAUCUUUAUAUAAUGUAAUAGAUACCAGGAAAAAAUUAAAACAAUCAACUUUUGCAGCUUUUAUAGAUUUCCGAAAGGCCUACGACUUUAUAAAUAGAAGUAAAUUAUGGAAUAGAUUAUGUAAUACUGGUAUAAAUGGAAAAAUGUUAAGUGCUAUAAAAUCUCUAUACUCUACAGUUUCUGCUUCAAUCCGGGUAAAUUGUUUUUCUACCGAAUGGUUUGAUGUUAAAUCAGGCUUAAGACAAGGGUGUAUUUUAUCGCCUUUACUAUUUAAUUUGUACAUUAAUGAUCUUGCUGUUUUUCUUAAAUCUUUAGACAUAGGUGUAAAGAUUGGUGAUGAACUUUUAUGCAUUUUACUAUAUGCAGAUGACAUUGUAUUACUAGCAGAAAAUGCUGCUGAUCUGCAAAAGCUGUUGAAUGCGUUACGUGACUGGUGCAAUUUAAAUGAUAUGAACAUUAAUGUCUCUAAAAGUAAGAUAAUACAUUUUAGACCACCUAGUUGUUCAAGAACUAACCAGGUUUUUACAUGUGGUAAUGAUACACUUGAAAUAGUUGAUAGAUAUACGUACCUUGGAUUAUUAAUGCAUGAACAUCUGGACUUAAAUGUUAUGGUUAAAGAUGUAGCACAAAGUGCAAGCCGUGCUCUUGGACUUGUCAUAGCCAAAUGUAAAGUGAUGGGUGGGUUUCCAUAUGACGUAUUCACAAAGCUCUACGAUACUGUAGUGUGGCCAGUUAUUAGUUAUGGUUCGGCCAUUUGGGGGUACAGGUCAUUUUCUUGUAUUGAUGCUGUUCACAAUAGAGCCAUGCGGUUCUAUUUGGGAGUAGGGAGGUAUACUCCUAAUUUGGCUCUUGCGGGGGAGAUGGCCUGGACUCCUACAAUGGUCCGUCAAUGGAAAACUGUCGCGGGCUUUGUGUGUCGUCUGUGUAACACCGCAAUGACAAGAGUUAAUAAACGGAUUGCAGUCUGGGCUAGUUCUAAAGUUCGGUGCAAAAAUUGGUUUGACUAUGUGAAACAGAAAUUCCAAGAGUGUAAUAUUACUUUCAAUAUAAUGAGUUAUGUGUGUAAGUCAAAUGUUGUUGGUAACAUUGAGAAAUGUAUUAUGGAAAAAUAUGUUCAAGAUUGGUUUAAUGGUAUUAAUAGAAUAACUAGUAAUAGUGGUAAAGGCAACAAUAAAUUAAGGACAUACUGUACAUUUAAAUCUGAAUUUAUUGUUGAAGAUUAUUGUAAAAUUAUUCUGCCAAGAAAACAUAUGUCUGCCUUAUGUAAAUUUCGAUGUGGUGUAGCACCAAUACGUAUAGAGAGUGGUAGAUAUGAAAAUUUACAAGUUGAAAAUAGAAUUUGCCCGUUCUGUCCUAAUAUUGUGGAAGAUGAAAAACAUGUUAUUUUGAAAUGUUCCUUGUAUAAUGAUUUAAGGGAGUCUCUUUUCAGUUAUGUUGUUAAAAACAAUGAAAAUUUCAAGAAUUUGCCAGAACAAGAACAACUGAAAUAUCUGUUUACAAACCCAUUGUUAGUAAGAUCUGUUGCCAAAACCUGUUGUAAAAUUCUAGACCGUCGUAAAUUGUACUUAUGUAAAUAA